AUGGCCCGCGCGGGCGGCGGCGCGGGGGCGGCGGCGCGGCCCGAGCCGCGGGAGCUGUCCCUGGAGGAGGUGCUGCGGGCCUACGAGCAGCCCAUCAACGAGGAGCAGGCGUGGGCCGUGUGCUUCCAGGGCUGCCGCGGGCUGCGGGGCGCGCGGGGCCGGCGCCGCAUCCGGGACACGGCGGACAUCCUGCUGCGCAGGGACGGCUCGGUCGGCGCGCGGCCCGCGCCCGCGGAGCCGGCGACAAUGGUGCCACCAGCCAGCUCAGAAGCCCAGAUGGUGCAGUCCCUGGGCUUUGUCAUCUACCGCGCACUGGACUGGGGGCUGGACGAGAGUGAGGAGCGCGAGCUCAGCCCGCAGCUGGAGCGCCUCAUCGACCUCAUGGCCAACAGCGACUGCGAGGACCCCAGCUGCGCGGCCGCCGACGAGGGCUACGGGGGCCCCGAGGAGGAGGAGGAGGCGGAGGGCGGCCCGCGCGCCGUGCGCACCUUCGCGCAGGCCAUGCGGCUGUGCGCGGCGCGGCUGACGGAGCCCCGGGGCGCGCGGGCUCACUACCAGGCCGUGUGCCGCGCGCUCUUCGUGGAGACGCUGGAGCUGCAGGCCUUCCUGGCCCGGGUCCGGGAAGCCAAGGAGAUGCUGCAGAAGCUGCGCGAGGAUGAGCCCCAGGUGGAGAAGCCGCAGGUGGAGCUGGACAGCCUGGGUCACACGGACUGGGCCCGGCUGUGGGUCCAGCUCAUGCGUGAGCUCCGCCACGGGGUGAAGCUCAAGAAGGUGCAGGAGCAGGAGUUCAACCCCCUCCCCACCGAGUUCCAGCUCACGCCCUUUGAGAUGCUGAUGCAGGACAUCCGCGCCCGGAACUACAAGCUGCGCAAGGUCAUGGUGGAUGGGGACAUCCCCCCCAGGGUGAAGAAGGACGCGCAUGAGCUCAUCCUGGACUUCAUCCGCUCUCGGCCGCCACUGAAGCAGGUCUCAGAGAGACGGCUCCGCCCGUUGCCGCAGAAGCAGAGGACCCUGCACGAGAAGAUCCUGGAAGAAAUCAAGCAAGAGCGGAGGCUGCGCCCGGUGGGCGGCAAGGGCUGGGCCGCUCGUGGGUUUGGCUCUCUGCCCUGCAUCCUCGACGCCUGCACCGGGGAGCCCACGUCCACCUCCUGCAUCAACCUGUCCGUCCCAGACGCUGGGGGCAGCAGCCAGCGCCCGCGGCCCCGCGUGCUGCUCAAGGCGCCCACCUUGGCCGAGAUGGAGGAGAUGAACACGUCUGAGGAAGAAGAGUCUCCGUGUGGGGAGGUGACGCUGAAGCGGGACCGCUCUUUCUCGGAGCACGACCUGGCCCAGCUGCGCAGCGAGGUGGCCUCGGGCCUGCAGCCGGCCCCCCAGCCCCCCGGAAGGACAGAGCCGCUGCGGCCCCGUGCGGGGAGUGUGCACGCGUGGAGGCCUGGCUCCCAAGACCAAGGUCCCUGUCCUGGCAGUGCCCAGUCCCAGCCGGACCCCGGCCGCUCCCUGCUCAGCAACGUGGGCCCCGCAGGGGACAGACCAGAGACGUCCGUGGCCCCAGAAGCCAAACACCUGUGGCUGGAGUUCAGCCACCCCGUGGAGAGCCUGGCUCUGACCGUGGAGGAGGUGAUGGGCGUGCGGCGCGUGCUGGUGAAGGCCGAGAUGGAGAAGUUCCUCCAGAACAAGGAGCUCUUCAGCAGCCUGCGGAAGGGGAAGAUUUGCUGCUGCUGCUGGGCCAGGUUCCCGCUGUUCUCGUGGCCACCUACCUGUCUCUUCUGCAAAAGAGCCGUCUGCACUUCCUGUAGCAUAAAGAUGAAAAUGCCGUCUAAGAAGUUUGCGCACAUCCCUGUCUACACACUGGGCUUUGAGAGUCCUCAGACGACGUCGACUGCCAAAGCCACGCAGAGGAGAGACGUGUUCCAAUCCCUGCAGGGGCCGCAGUGGCGGGGGGUGGAGGAGGAGUUCCCCCACAUCUAUACCCACGGCUGCGUCCUGAAGGACGUCUGCAGUGACUGCACCAGCUUUGUGGCCGACGUCGUGUGCUCCAGCCGCAAGAGUGUGGACGUCCUCAACGCCACGCCGCGCCGCGCCCGCCAGACCCAGUCCCUCUACAUCCCCGACACCAGGACUCUUGACUUCAAAUGAAGGCCCAAGGCGGCCCCCAGGGAGGAGCCAGGCUGAGACGCCCUCCCGCUGUGCAUGUAUAUAUAUAUACAUAUGUGGAUACAUUUAUAGAACACACACAGCCUGUGUAUUUAUAGACGUAGUUUCUGGCCCCCAAGUUCAUCUGCAUCAGGCUCACUGCAGGACCCUCCUUGGGGGAGGCCGUUUCCUCUCAGGAUUCCUGGGGGGCGCAGGGGAGGGAACGGGAAUGGUUUUUCCCUCAGAGCGGGGAGAACAGAAGGUUCUGGAUCCUGGGACUCCUGGCAUAGACUCCCCUCCCGUGUUCCAGCUGUCUUCUCCGGCGCAGGAAUGAAAACACCGCAGCUUCCCCUGCCUGGGCUGAGGUCUCAGUGGUGACAGAACCUCGCUCCCGGGGGGACCGGGCUCCCUGACACCCUGCCUCCCCUGGGGGUGACCAGGCCGCAGAGGCACCUGGGAAGACCCUGAGUGGGCGGGAUUCUCUGGAGGCAUCCUCUGCUUCCGUCGGGAAGGCCUGGACGCCCCAUCCCAGCCACCCUGCAGCUCUGGGCCUCCCCACACCUGGUGCUGGCCUUCUCGUGUGUGGCUGGCCCAGGCAUCCCUGAUGCUGCUGGGUGGUCUCGUACAGGGAGGGGCAGCUCCUCACGUCUGUGCACGUGGCCACUCCGGGCCUAAUAAAGGUUGUCACAGUCUUCUGUCUGGGUGGGCACAGAGGACUCACCCAGCUAUAGCGGUGGGCACGUUUGCCCAAGGCUGCAGGUGGGCUCUGAGGGGCCACCUGCCCGAGGACCAGGAACGGCCUCAGCUCAGCACCGUUCGGUGCCCAAGCCCAGCUUGCUCCCCCGGCUGGCUCCCUGCCAACUCCAUGGGCCUGGCCAUCUUGGGCUGCAUGUGACACAGCUGAGGCCACACCUGCCAGCCUAGGGGACCCUUUGGUCUCAUUCCCAGAUCCCUAUGCUGUUCCCCAGGGAGAGGAUUCACCUGGGCCCACAAGGGUGACAGGUGCAAUCUCCGCAGCUCAGGUGGCCCGCGCUUGCCACUCUGCCUGCUCCACGCACCAGGAGGUGGGUUCUGUCGUCACCCUGCCUUAAGACGAGGAAGCUGAUGCUCAACAAGGUGAAAGGCUUUGACCAAAGACACACAGCUCACCCAGGAACACCUGAGACCGCAGUGGAGGCCUUUUGAUUCCAGGCCCCAAUGGAGGAGGCCCAGCAGGGACAGGACUUGUAACAAAUGGAGGGAAUUACCAGCUGGGGGCCAGGAAAGCCACAUCACACAAAAUUAGAGCAGCCAAUAAAAACAGCCACCUCCCA